UACUCUCAUAUAUAUUUGCAGGCUAAGCAGACCGCGUUUCUUGUUAUUGGUGUAUGCUGCUGCUCUUCUGCCUUUUUGUCCAUGUCUUGAUUUGAACCUAGAAGCCGAAAAUCACGCCAAAUAGCCAACAGACUGCCGGUGGCUUCGACGUGGAGUGUUGCCCUCCAAGUGUUUGAUCAAAUGCCCUCGUUGCAUUGAAUCUGAUAAUUAUAUUAAGAAACUGGUAAGUAUGAUAAUAAUAUUAAUUCUUCUUUUCUUUCGUACGAGUACGAGUGUGUGCUGUGUACAUGUAUAGAUUUCUCGAUAGAAGUGUUUGUCAAAGAGCCGCCGGCCCUUCAACAGCAUGGCUCGCCACUUUGUUGUGUGAGCUUCGUCUGUGUCAGACACCAAACAAGUGUCUCCAUGCAUGCAUGUUUCAUAAGGAGAGGAUGGCAUAGCCUUAAAUUAAAGUUAAGGGCGAGCUUCAAACGAGGAAAGGCUUACGGUGGAUACCUAGGCACUUAGAGACGAGGAAGGGCAUAGUAAGCGAGGAAAGGGUUAUAAUAAUUUAUAAUUAAAAUAAUUUUAAAUAGAUUAAAAGUGAAUUUGAUAAUGAUUAUAAAAAAUAUUUUUAAUUUUUUUAAUAUUAUAAAAAUUUUAUUUUUUAAAUAUUAAAAAAACUAAAAAUAUUUUCUAAAAUCACUCUAAAACUAGAUUCAAAAUUCAAUAACUUGAAUUAAAAUGGGUUACAUUGAAAUUGAAAUUGUUGGAGAUCACAUUUUGUAACACGUGGCUACCACGUGCCACUUUCUAAUUUCUCGACCUCCCUCAUAAGUACACCCCCUCGUCUCUCACUCUCCUCUCAAGCCUCGCACAAAACCGUACACAAUGUCUUUCCACAGAUUCUACGCCUCAUGGUUCGACCACCUGAACCACUUGGUGCACCAACUCACCCUCGCGCCCAAGCCCACCACCCCACAAGACAACCCAGCCCUGCUCCAACUGGUCCAGAAGGUCAUUUCUCACUACUCCCAGUACUACAGAGCCAAGUCCGUCGCCGCCCAGAACGACGCCGUUUCACUCUUCGCGGCCCCAUGGUCCUCCUCCCUCGAACGCUCCCUCCACUGGGUCGCCGGGUGGCGUCCCACCAUCGUUUUUCACCUCAUAUACACCGAGACCAGCGCCCGCUUCGAGUCCCACAUCGCCGACAUCCUCCACGGCGUACGCACCGGCGACCUGGGCGACCUCUCCACCGCUCAGCUCCAUCGGGUGAGCGAGUUGCAGUGCGAGACGGUGAGGGAGGAGAACGAGAUCACGAGGGAGCUGGCCAAGUGGCAGGAGGGAGCAGUGGAGCUGGUGGAGGCAGGUGGGGAUGGGAAUGUGGAGGAGAAGAUCGGAGGACUGAUGAGUGUGUUGGUGAAGGCGGAUGAGCUGCGGAUGAGGACGAUUUGGAGAGUGGCGGAGAUGUUGACGCCGCAGCAGGCGGUGGAGUUCUUGAUCGCGGCUGCCGAGUUGCAGUUUGGGGUUAGGGUUUUGGGGUUGAACCAUGAUAACCAACGUGAGAAUGUAUGAGCAUUUGGGUAGAACCGUAGAAGUUAAUUUGAAUAUGGUCGUACAAGAGGAAAUUUGAAUUGCUCAGAAUGUACUUCAAAUUAUCUUUUUUGUUUUCCUGGGAAAUUUUUGGAUUGCUUUGAAUUACAAAGCAUGAUGUUUGUUCGGUUUGGGAUCAAAAUGUGGUUUCAGUCAAAUAAAGUAUAUGAUUUAAGCAUCAAAA